GCGGAAGUCAGAAGGAAACCACAACCGACUCCGUAGCCCUCGACAAUCCCAGGUUAUACUGUCUCCCGAGAGAGCAAAGGUCCUGGUCUCCGCACUACUGCUUAGGAUCAACUGGCUUCAAGGCUGAGUAUUAAUUCCAGGAUUGAUGAAUCCAGGCUUGUUGAAAUGAUAUUGCGAACGUCAUGCAAAGCUACUGGGCCAAUUUCAUCAAGAAUGGCAACCCUAAUGGCGAAGAAUUGACCUAUUGGCCACCCAGUAAGGAAGAUGCGACGACUAUGUGGCUUGGCGACUCUUGGGGAGCUGGAAAGGCUGCAGAGCCUACCCGAAUUGAUCUAAUCCGGAGCUGGUUCAGCCAGAAUGUCGAAUGGUGCCUCGGGUGGGUCGGACUUUGGGACAUAAUCUGUCCCAUGGCAAUAGCGGACUUUGCAUACGCGUAA